AGUUGCAAGAGUGAGAGCACAGCAGACCUGUGCCAGAGCCACCCUGAUGGAAGGAGAAAGGGUACCCGAAGCCAGGAGCUCAGCCGGCAAAGCCACACGCAUCGCCCUGGGCGUCUUCGUCGGUGGCACCGUUGUGCUUGGCACCACGCUUUUCCUGGUGAGCCAAGGCCUGAUAAAGUUCCAUUCAAAGCAGCAGUACUGCUUGACCUCAGAAUGCAUUGAAGCUGCUGCAGGCAUCCUGAGCAAGCUAAACCAGUCAGUGGAUCCGUGCGAGGACUUCUACCGCUUCGCCUGCGAGGGCUGGAUCUCCGCUCACCCCAUCCCCGAGGACAUGGCCAACUACGGCGUCUACCCCUGGCUGAGGCACAACGUGGACCUCAAGCUGAAGGCCCUGCUGGAGAAGCCCAUCAGCAAAAGGAGAGACACUGAAGCUGUGCAGAAGGCCAAGAUCCUUUAUGCAUCUUGCAUGAAUGAGAAUAAGAUCGAGAAAGCUGAUGUGAAACCUCUGUUAAGUCUGCUGAGGCAUUCACCUUUCCGCUGGCCUGUGCUGGAAUCCAACAUUGGACCUGAAGGGCUGUGGUCAGAAAGGAAGUUUAGCUUAGUCCAAGCCUUGGCAACUCUGCGUGGUCAACACAGUACCUCGGUCUUCAUCCGCCUCUACGUGGCUGCCGAUGACAAAGUCUCCAGUCGCUACAUCCUGAAGCUGGACCAAGCAAGCCUUUCUCUUGCAUCUCGAGAGGACUACCUGGAAAACACCACAGAAGCCAAAUCUUACCGAGAUGCCUUUCUGCAGUUCAUGGUGGACACAGCAGUGCUGCUGGGCGCCAACGCUUCACGAGCUGAGUCUGAUAUGAAGUCUGUGCUAAAGCUGGAAGUUAAAAUUGCAGAGAUCAUGAUUCCAUACGAGAACCGAACAAGCGAGCUGAUGUACAACAAAAUGAACAUCUCGGAGCUCAGUGCCCUGAUUCCACAGUUUGACUGGCUGGGCUACAUCAAGAAGGUGAUUGACACCAAACUCUACCCAGAGCUGAAGGAUCUAGGUCCUUCGGAGGACGUGAUCGUCCGCGUGCCGCAGUACUUCAAAGACUUGUUCAGGAUCCUGGAAGGGGAAAGGAAAAAGACUCUUGCUAACUACCUGGUGUGGAGGAUGGUUUAUUCCAGGCUGUUUAACCUCAGCAGACGUUUUCAGUAUCGCUGGCUUGAGUUUGCUCGGGUGAUCCAUGGAACCACAACUCUGAUGCCUCAGUGGGAUAAAUGUGUGGACCUGGUGGAAAGUGCUCUGCCCUACGCUGUGGGCAAGAUGUUUGUGCAUGCCCAUUUCCAAGAGGACAAGAAAGAGAUGAUGGAGGAAUUAACUGAAGGAAUUCGCUGGGCCUUCAUUGACAUGCUGGAGAAAGAAAACGACUGGAUGGACUCUGAAACCAAAAGAAAAGCCCAUGAGAAGGCAAAAGCAGUCAUGGCAAAAGUGGGUUACCCUCCCUUCAUCAUGAAUGACACAUACAUUAAUGAAGACAUCAAAACACUGAAGUUCACAGAAGGAGAUUACUUUGGCAACGUGCUGCAGACUCGCAAGUAUGCCGCCCAGUCUGACUUCUACUGGCUCAGGAAAGAGGUCCCCAAGACAGAGUGGUUUACAAGCCCAACUACUGUGAAUGCUUUUUACAGUGCCACUACCAACCAGAUCAGAUUCCCAGCAGGAGAGCUGCAGAAGCCUUUCUUCUGGGGAACAGAGUAUCCUAGGUCACUAAGCUAUGGUGCCAUAGGAGUCAUUGUUGGCCACGAGUUCACUCAUGGAUUUGAUAGCAAUGGUCGGAAAUACGACAAGAAUGGCAACCUGGACCCGUGGUGGACGACUGAGUCUGAGGAGAGGUUCAAAGAGAAAACCAAGUGCAUGGUUAACCAAUACAACAGCUACUACUGGAAGAGAGCAGGCCUGCACGUGAAAGGCAAGAGGACUCUGGCAGAGAACAUUGCAGACAACGGAGGCUUGCGAGAGGCGUUCAGGGCAUACAGGAGAUGGAUUAGAGAGAAGAGAGGAGGAGAAGAAGAGCCUUUACUGCCAGGCCUUGAGUUCACACACAACCAGCUCUUCUUCCUGAGCUAUGCCCAUGUAAGAUGCAACUCCUUCAGGCCAGAAUCUGCAAGAGAGCAAAUCCAUGUUGGAGCUCACAGCCCUCCUCAGUUCAGAGUGAUUGGUGCCAUGAGCAACUUCGAGGAGUUCCGACGAGCUUUCCGCUGCCCACCCAACACCACCAUGAACCGCGGGGCAGAGUCCUGCCGCCUCUGGUAGCUGCCUGUGCCUUCAGCUCUUCUGGCAAAGAGGGAGCUACAGGGUGAAGUGCUGCACCUGACCUCAAGCCCUCUGUUAGAGCUUCAGAACAACGCAUAGGAAUAGGAGCAUAGAAUGGUUGAGGUUGGAAGGGACCUCGAAGAUCAGCCAGUUGCAACCCCUUGUUAUAAGCAGGAGCAUCUCCCGCUAGAACAGGUCACUCAGGGACUCAGCCAACCUGGUCU